AUGCCUGUGGAUGACGACUUGUUCAAUGUUCCUGACAAUGACGAGGAGAUGCUAGAAAACGAAGACGAAGAUGAUGACGAAGAUCUAGAAAACCAGGACCAAGAUGAGGCCCAGGACCAGGAAAUGCAAGAUGAUGGUGAGGACGAAGACGACGAAGAUGGAGAAGAAGGCGACGAAGAGGAGGGUGAGGAAGACGAAGAUGGCUCAGGAGAUGAUAACGAGGGAGAAGAGGGCGAGGAAGUAGAAGAGGGAGAGGAAGGAGAGGAAAUUGAAGAAGGUGAAGAAGGUGAUGAAAAUGACGAAGGUGAAGGAAAUGAACAAGGCGAAGAAGGUGAAGUUGGAGAACAAAAACGAGCUAAAGAAAGUGAAAGUACUCAAUCUCAGUCCGAAAACAUAAAAGCUUUUCAAAAUGGCGAAAGUAACACCACAGAAACAGACCACAAGCCCACCGUUGAAAAACUCCCUGCUCACCAAGUUCGCUCCCAAGUUGCCCAGCGGGCCAAAACGACAUCCAAGGUGGAAAUCGUGCCUACAACCUCAAUUCCUUACACAUCUCAAUGCCAUGCAAUUGCACUCACUGAGGGCCCACGACUAAUAUUGACCGGUGGAGAAGAUGGGUUUAUUCGAAAAUACGACUUUAUUGCUUCUAUCGAAGGAAAGUCUCCACUUACCAUGGCCCAGAAACACAAUAUGGUGGACUCGGUGACCAAAGCGGGAGUGAUAAGUUCGUAUUGGGAAAAUGAACAGCCCAUUACUCGGACUGAACUUAUGCAAGCCAACCCCAAAAUCAAGCCAGCUGACUUUACGACGGGCACAAUCAACUACGAGCCAAAGCUAAGUCCGGUAUACUCAUUAGCGGCAGAAAAAAGGGGCCUAUGGUGUCUUUCCGGGCUUUUGUCUGGGGGUAUCUCGCUCUACAGCAUGAAAUACUCCGAGGGAAGUCUAGUCCACUAUUUUCCCCAUGGCGAUCCAAAACGACCUGCUCACGAGAACAGUGGGCACAACGAUGCUGUGUCGGUGCUUAAACUCACACCAGACGAAAAGGGCUUUUUUUCAGGUUCAUGGGACAAAACUAUUCGCAGCUGGGACUUGAAUACGGGCAAAACUACGGCCACUUAUACCGGUGCUUCGAAUCAAAUUACUUCGUUGGAGUUCCGUCCACAUGGUCUUGCUGACUUGGAGCUCGCUGAUGGAGACGCCAACAGUAGUGAUGUCGACUCUCUUUUUGGAGAUAGCGACAAUGAAAACGAAAAUGACAACGAUAACGAAAAUGGAAAUUCUGAACAAAAACCAAGAAAACCUGUUUCCAAAGUGGUGAGAAACGACUCAGUGUUCAUGACUUCAAGUAUAGAUGGAACCGUCAACAUCUGGGAUGUUAGAGUGGGCGAAUCUAACCAGGAUCCCGUCAUAAAAUACGUGGUUCCUGAGCAUGUUCCUCCAUGGUGUAUGUCAGCGACAUGGGCUAAUUCUGGAGACUUUAUCUUUGCAGGAAGAAGAAACAGUACAGUGGAAGAAUUGUCUCUUAAAAUGCCCCAUCGACGAAUUCCCAAUAGUCAUGGUAAAAAUGAUGUGAUUCCAAAUGUAUCGAGAACUUUACAAUUUCCCAAAAUUUCAGGCCCAGUCAGUGCCAUUUCCACCAUGCCUAACGACGACCUUUUACUUUGUGGCUCAAAUGAUAACAUCAGAUUGUACAAUCUCCAAUUAUACGACCAAUCUUCAGGUACUCAACAAACUACAAAAAAACAAGCUACACCGUUUAUGAUCGUUCCUGGCCAUCAUGGAGGAAUUCUAAGCACAUUAUACGUUGACGAAUCAGGCAGGUUCAUGGUGAGUGCCAGCGGCAAUCGUGGAUGGGGACAGUCUGCCUUUACAGAGACGGUAUUGAUAUACGAGAUAGACUUUUAG